AAAAAACAAUUUUUUUUAACCUAGCCAUUCCUCUCUCUCUCUCUCUCUAAAAUCGAUCCUAUAUAUAUUUUUCUCUCUACCUGCGACUCUUAUUUUUUUCAGAAUCUUAAACGCCGGCGUAUCUCCGCCGCGAUCUCUGCCUUCUAGAAUUCUCAAUGGCUGACGGAAAAUUAGAUCUACCUGAUGAUCUCCUCUCCUCCAAAACCAGCUCUGAUCACUCCUCCCUCAAAGGUGAAGCAUGGGAAAGGAACAUGGAGGACAAGGGACUCACUGGGCUACUUGAGGACACCAAAGUAGGUCAAGCAAUUUCAGAGAGCAACGUACCUUUGUCCCCACAGUGGCUUUACGCUAAACCGUCUGAUUCCAAGAUGUUAACUGCUGGAACUUCUGGAGAUAUAAGAAUGUCAAAUUUGUUGCCCAAUAAAGCCUCUGGUGAUCCCAACCCAAAAGAUAGUUGGCAUUUGGAUGGGUCUCAAGACAAGAAAGACUGGAGGAGGAUUGCCCCUGAUCUUGAAAGCAGUCGCCGUUGGCGAGAAGAAGAGAGAGAAACAAGCUUACUUGGCCGAAGAGAUCGUAGAAAAGAAGACCGCCGUGCUGACAUUUCAUCGACAAGGGAUGUUCCUGAAAAUAGGACCUUGGCGUCUUCAGAGAGAUGGCAUGAUGUUAGCAGUCGCAAUUUGAGCCAUGAAUCUCGUAGAGACAAGAAGUUGUCUUUGAGAUGGCGUCCUGAAGACAAAGAAAAUGAUUCUCGAACUGAGAAGAGGAAAGAUGCUGAGAAGGAAGCUGGCCCUACUGACAAACAAGCUCUUGUCGGUGGGGUCCGCUUAGCUUCUGAACGUGAGAAUGAUUCUCGUGAUAAGUGGAGGCCACGGCAUCGUUUAGAAAUUCAUGCAGGUGGGUCUGCUUCUAACAAUAGUGCUCCAGGAUUUGGUUCAGAAAGGGGACGAGCGGAGGGAUCAAAUGUGCGAUUUGCAGGACGAGGUAGGUCAAAUGCUAAUGGAAGCCUACAUAUUGGGAGGCUAAAUUCUGCUUCUGCCAUUGGAUCUCUUCCUCUGGACAAAAACAAAACUUUUUACGCAUAUUGCUACCCAAGAGGAAAACUCCUUGACAUUUACCGCAAGCAAAAGACUGCUCCAAAUUUUGACAUCCUGCCUGAUGAGAUGGAUCAUUUAUUACCAAUAACGCAAAAAGAAACAGUCGAGCCUUUGGCUUUUGUUUCUCCUUAUGAAGAAGAAGAGGCUGCCCUUGGAGAUAUAUGGAAGGGAAAAACUACAAGCAGUGGAGUGUUGUACAAUUCUUCUAGAGAAACAAGUGAAGGGACACAAAGUUCCUCGGUUAACAGGGACGAUAAUGUUGAUUCAGGUGAGAAGCCUGCUGUAAACAAUAACCAUCUAGGGAAACAUACCGAGGCAUAUGCGACAGGUUCAUUGAUAAUUGUGACCAAGGAAAUGGAUAGUUCUAAAGGUGGGCUACGAUGUGAGUCACCAUCUGACAUAGAUGUAACCCAUGCUUUUGUAUCAAACAGCGAGAUUGGUGGGUCCAUAAAUGAGGCUGAUGUAAUAAAAUCUUUUGAUUACGGAGAAGUCACUGAUUUGAAAAUGCAAAAAAACCCUACGUUGAAGGACAAUGAAUCAUCCAUGCAAUUUGGAGUGGGUGGCGAGCUUCCUGAAGACUCUAGUUCUCUAUUUGAUUUUUCUUCAUUACAGCCUACUCUAAGUCCUAACCAGAUAAAUAUUAAGGGCAAUAAUGAGGCACAUUCGUUGGAAAGUGUUAUCCCUCCUGAGCAUUUGAGUUUGUGCUAUCUUGAUCCUCGAGGGGUAAUUCAGGGACCAUAUCUGGGAAUCGACAUAAUUACAUGGUUCGAGCAAGGUUAUUUUGGUACAGACUUACUUGUUCGAUUGGCGGAUGCUCUGAAUGGAUCACCUUUCCAAGAACUUGGUGAAGUCAUGCCACACCUAAGAAUGUAUUCUAGUUCUACAUCCAGUGGUAAUACAGUUAUGGGAAUGCAAGCCGAUUCUUUUGCAGGGAGCUUGGGAGAGACCUCAUCGUCUGCUUCUGCUCCUGAGUUGAAGGGAUCUGCCAUUGGAUGUGAUCAGAAGCGGACUUUGUCUGCUGUUGAGACUUCUGGUACUGAGUUUCAGUUAAGACGACCUACUCAAAGUUUUCAUUCUGAGCAUUCUGAAGAUCUGAGCCUCCAUAAAUUCACUGAUGCUCAAGAAGAGGAAAUUAUUUUUCCUGGAAGGCCCACAAGUGCUGCUGCUGAUCCUGCAAAUCAUUUGUCCAUUACAGAUGUAUUUUCAAAAACUAAUAUAAUUUCUCAUCAAGAGGAUGAGUUGCAUCCGUUUGGUUUGUUGAUGUCUGAGUUGAGGAGCCCAUCUGGUUUGAAGCAUUCUCAUUCAUCUAAUAUAGCUUCUAGCAUAGGUGAUAGGGGACAGUUUUUCGAUCCUUUGCUUGAUGGAGAGACAGAUUUUACUGGUCAGAGUGUUUUUUGUACAGUUGCUGAACAAACUUCUUUUCAAGAGGUUUGGCCUGAUGAUUAUAGAAGAAAUGCUUUGUCUAACCCUAACAUUCAUCUAGGAACUGCUGGUGGGCGCUCCUCACCUCACAUGGAGCAAGAAUACAGUGGUUUUAGCCUGUUACAGCAACUAAUGUCAACAAAGUUGCCCAAUGAACCGCUUCAAGAGAAAAAUCAUAUCUCUCACCCCUUUCCACAUUCUGCUGGAUUUGAUGGAGAGCAAAUUCAUUGUUUUGAUCUGAUGAGCAAAAAUUUUGAUCUCCAGAAGCCAAUCCAUCAUUCAGCUCCACAUAUGGAACAUCUUUUGGAGCUUCAGUUUCAACAAGAGCGGCAGUUGGAACUUCAACGACAGCAGCAGAAGUUGGAACUUCAGCGACAGCAGCAGCAGUUGGAACUUCAGCGGCAGCUGGAACUUCAGCGGCAGCGGCAACAUCAGCUGGAACUACAGCGGCAGCAGCAGCUGGAACUACAGCGGCAUCAGCAGUUGGAACUACAGAGGCAGCAUCAGAUGGAACUCCAGCGGCAGCAGCAGCUUCGCCACCAUCAAAUCAAAUUGUUACAGGAGCAGCAGCAACAACAUAUACAGCUUCCACAUUCUCAAUCUCAGGAAUUGCUCAUUGAUCAAUUGCUGCAGCAUCAGAUGACUGGUCCUGGUUAUGGUCAUCACAUAUUUGAUGCUGCUAGAGACAACAUACUUGAUCAAGUUCAGUUACGAAGGCAUAUCCUGAGUGAAUCACAGCAGAAUUCUCUUGCUUCAAGACACCUGGAUCCUUCAUUGGAGCAGAUCAUCCAAGCGAAGAUUAACCAGAGUGCACUCCAGGGGCAACGAGCUGAAUAUUUGGAUUUAAUGUCACAGGCAAAGUAUGGCAAUAUGCUUCCUUUGGAGCAUCAGCUUCGUCUUCAACAAGAGCAGUUGCAAGUGCAGCAGUUAUCUAUGGCUCUGAGACAACAAUUAGGACUGGAGGGGGAUAGGAGACUUUCUGGUUCAUUGUCUGUGGAUGAAGUUGGUCAAUUUGUGGGGAAUCCCAGCAAUAAUCAUCUGGCUCAUUCUGUAGGGUUGAAUGCUUCAGAUCUUUACCAGAAGAGGCUGUCCCCUCUUGAAGAGCAUUACUGCAACCUUAGAAAGAAUCAUGCUUUGCAGGACCUACCGGAGCGAGGGAAUUUUGACCCCAGCUCUACAGCAUUUGGCAGGUUGAAUCUCCCUGCAGCUGCUCCUAGGAUGAAAGUAGAAAAUGCAAAUUCUCUAGAUCUAGCUGAAAACCUUUACAUGCACUCCAACAAUCAACUUGGUCCUUUUUCUUCAGGUAACCACCCUCUUAGCCAGCAAUUUUCAAGUAAUGCAUUUGCACCUCAUCCUGUGGCAAUGGAUAGCUUCGACUCAAGGAAAAAUGAGCAGCUAGAAAUGAGUUGGACCACAAAACAGAUGCAGCAAUUAAAUCUUGAAGCAGAAUUGCAGAGAAGGGAGUCUGAAGUUGAUUCAAGCCCUUGGGCAUCAGCUGGAGGGGUUCAUGACAACUCUAAGAAAGCUUUAAUGGACCUUCAACAAAAACUUGUUAUUCAAUCAAUGCAAUCAUCAGAAGUUGAUUGUCAACAUUCUACUACAUCUUCUAGAGGGAGGGAAACCUUUGGGCCUGUUUCUGAGCAGCAAACUUCCAAUUUUCCUUUUAGUCAUUUUCCAAACCAGGAAAAUCACGCGAACUUGUUUCCAGAAGGCCUUCAAAAUUCAUGUGCAUUGUUGCAAGAUCAUUUGCAUGGAGUUGCUGCAAGUGGUUCUGUCAACCAAAUGGUUAACUGUGAAAGAUUGCCUCUUAAAACUGGUUCUGGCUCAUUUGUAGAAGAGCAGUCAUUCUUGAUGGGCAUCGAAGACCCUUGUAGUAAUGCAGAUGCUAGCUUGAUGAGAAAAUCAGCUGCGGAUAUAGAAAUAGCAGAACUGGUAGCAAACGAGAAGGAAAAUGAUUCUGUGCCAGUGUUUGAAGACAAUAUGCAAGCAGACACGGCCUUGGAGUACGGUGAUCUACGAAGUAGCAUCCAUAGCCGGCAUAAUUCUCAUAGUACUGAUGGGAGCGGUGGGUUGCAUGGUUACGAAUUUGGAUUUGAUAAAUCGGUUGGCUAUGAUGUUUCCACGGAUAGGUUACCUUCAAUACUACCAAAGGGACUGGACAAAGUUUCGCAAAAAUGCCCACCUGUGCCGAAGGUUUCUUCAUCCCAGGAUGUCUUUUCUGAUCAAAACUCACUGGCAUUUGUCAAACAGAACAGUUCUGCAAGCCUUACAACUUCCGAUGAAGGAAGACAGGAGACGGCAGCAAAUCUAGGAUCAAUGAGUUGCGUAGAAACUCAGGCAUCGGGCAAGAAAGACGUCCGUUUUAGAAGGACAUCAUCAUGCAAUGAUGCCGCUGUGUCUGAAGCAUCAUUCAUGGAGAUUCUAAAGAAGCCGGUGGUUCGCGGGAACGAGGCGGCUAACAACACUUGCUUGGAACCAUCAGAUGGCGGUCUACAGGCCGGACGCGGCAAGAAGAAAGGGAAGAAAGGAAGACAGAUUGAUCCUGCGCUAUUAGGUUUCAAAGUCACAAGCAACCGUAUAAUGAUGGGUGAGAUCCAACGCCUCGACGAUUGACAACAACAAACCACACUUACUAUGUACAUCCCCUGUAAAUCUUUU